GCAGCAGUAGCAAUGCAAAGCUGGUACAUGUUUGGUUACAGCGGCUUCCCGACAGGGGAGCAGCGUCGCCGCUUUUAUCGCCAGCGCGAUGACCCUUGCGAGAGCGAGGAGGAAUGCGACUACGACGACGAGACAAACGACCGACCCAUAUUUUACUACCCAUUGCACGAGAGUGAAGAGGGAAGCCGUUCGUCCUACGACUCCACCUUUUCAUCCGCAUCAUCGUACGCGUCCGAUGAAGAAGCGCACAUCGAUGCGAAAAGGGGCGGUCCGAACGACCAACACAAAAGCUCUCUCCGAAUACGUCGGCACACCAAACGUUUGCGGCGCACAUCACAGGCGGGGUCGUCGAUGCAGUGUGUCUCGCACAGCACGCUGUACGAGGAUAUGCCGGCGUGGUACGGCGCCACCGCCGUCACGCUCUCCGCCUCGCUUUCGGUCAGUUUCCCAUCGACGGAGACGUUCGUUCUUCAACACGGUGGGGCCCCCUGCGCAUCGCCCUUCUCCAUUUCGAAUCAAACGAGUCUCUGGCAUUGGUCCGCCACGUCAUCAAAGUUCGAUGGUAUUUCCAAAGAUGAGGCGCGGGGAAGUCUGCGGUGCGCACGUGUCCGCGACGACGCGUCGCUCCUCUCGCAUCUUCGCUGGGAUCGCUUGCACCCCACAUUGCGCCUCGCACACAGCUCCGCUGCUCGCGCGCCACUGCCUCGCAUGGGACACUGCGCGGUGUGCCUAUCCUCGUUGGACUCCUCCCUGUUACAAUAUUUCCUCACAGAGCACAGCAGGACCGACAGUUCGAGUAGCACAAGCGCCUGUACCGACCAAAAUCAUCUUUUGAGCACAAGUGCUAAAGUGGCGCUUGGGCUUUUGGUGAAUGACGAUGUCGAGCUGUACGGAUCUAUCAUUCUAGGCGGAGCUUCUCAGCUGGUGAGCACCAAUAGUUGUAGCUGCUCUUCACCUGAGCGACGCCGUAGCGGAGGAGUGCUGCUGGGGGAAGAAUAUGCUCCUGCUUCAGAUACUGUUGCGUCUCCCACAGAGCCAAAUUUGGACGGCGCCGUCAUACCGCACACGAGUGUCUUCUCACACCCUGCACUGUGCGUCACGUUACUGUCCACAAAGGAUAAAGGAGUAACGGAGGCGAGUCCAGCUCUGCGACAGCACACCGUCUUCUUCCCGCUGGACACAUCGUCCAUCUCCAUCGUGGCCCCACGCGCCUUUGCGACGCUGACACCGUGGGCUGACCGAUCCGCCGAGGCCACCGCCGUCCACUCCUUUGCUUACAUUGGCGGCACCGAAAACGGCAGAGAUCCGCUUGCCUUUUUGGAGCUAGAGGUCUUCCGGCUGCAUCUUGAAACGUGGUCGUGGAGCUGCAAUCCUGUGACCACCUACGGCGCAAAGCCUGCACCGCGCUUUGGGCACUCUGCGAGCAUGGCAGAUGAGGAUCGGUAUUUUCUGAUGUUUGGCGGGGUGGGGGCGGGCCAUGUGUACCUGAAUGAUCUGCACGUUUUGGAUGUUCACACGCGGGUGUGGCGCGAAGUGUUCUUCCCUUGUGGCUUGAAUGUGCCGCGGCGGGCGUUUCACGUGUGCUCGGUGCUGACAGACACACCGACAACGCCUGCGAUGGAGAAAAAAGACUGUGCACCGGCUUCUUCGUCAGAACAGCACUCCUCUGCCUUUGCGUUGCAAGCUGCCAUCGCUCUUCAGCACCGUGGUGACCUCUAUGGUGCAAUCAGACCUUCCGGCGCGGUCAAUGGUACCAGUAAGAACGAUGUCGACUGUAGCGCGGAGGUAUUGGCCGGGGACGAUAGCAUCGACGACGACGAUGGCAACGUGUGGUCCGCUAGUGUGACGACGGCCCAGUCACGGUGCACACUCCUUCUCCUCGGCGGCGAAGGGGAGGGCGGCAGACCCGUAGCGACAUCGUGGGCAUGCACACUACGUAACAGCAAGUGGCAGCGACUGUCCUUCCCCCUUCGCACUCUGCCGCACUUCUUUCACGUUGCCUGCUCAUCUGCCGCGGGCUGCGCGGACACGCAACACGUGCGUCGUCAGCUGUCCCGCACAGAGUAUCGGACCGCCGUGGAGUCUCUCGUAGAACGGGCAGCGCGUGCGUCGGUUCCAACCUCCGAGUCAGCCACGCCAUCAAGCUCUCUAGGUGAUUUGCACAUCGCUGCCUGUCACGGCUCGUUGGCCCAACUGCUGAAUUGUCCGCGCGGUGCGGGCGGGGCGGAGCGGCUUCUCCUGGUUGGCGGCUCGCGCGGGCCUCCGGUGAGCGUCGCCACGCAAGUCGAAGUGAUGGGCGCGAGCCUCAACGACAGAGCCUCUCUUUGGCUGCUGGCGGCACAGCAGCAGCAUGACUCACCGUCCGCCGCGCUGCAGCAGCGCAUGCCGCAUCUCUCGCGUUUCUUCUUUUGCCACAACAGUACACUUUCCCACGCCGUCGGGUCCGUGUUUCAGCGAGAUAGCUCGGAGCAAGUGCGUCAGCGGCGACCUUUAUCUGACGCCGACGCACGCUCGAACCGCCUCGUCAGUGAAAGUGUGCUGGAUGGGCAGCUGACGGAGUGGAUGCGACUGGCGCGCAAACGACUGCGAGACUCUCAGUAG